AAAUCCUACACGAUGACCAACAGGAAUCGUAUGGAGAUUACAGUGAUCGCAUGGGGUGCCACGAUCAUUUCUCUAAAAUUCCCCGAUAAGCACGGCCGUACGGCGGACGUCGUGCUCGGGUUCGACGAUUUGAAAAGCUACAUGAACCCCAGCAUCAAUCCAUUUGUAGGAUGCAUACUGGGCAGGUGCGCAAAUCGCAUAAGGAACGGUUACUUCACUAUUAAAGGCAAACCUUACCAGCUCACGAUAAAUGACUUUAACAAGCAUCAUCUUCAUGGAGGUACGAGAGGCUUUGGUCGGCGGUUGUGGGAAUCGUGCAUCGACGACUGCUCGGUCGUCAUGAGCUAUUUGAGCAAAGACGGCGAAGAGGGCUACCCCGGUGCAGUGUUGACCGCGGUGAGGUUCAAGUUGACGUCCGAGAACAAGCUGGAGAUAAGCAUUCAAGCCACCACGACGAAGCCCACGAUAGUGAACAUCUCGCACGGUUCAUUGUUCAAUCUCGCUGGACACGACGCCGGUAAGGAGGAACUGCUGAAGCACAGGAUCACGUUGAACAGCGAUCGCUGGACCUUCGCGGAUUACACGGACCCGUUGCCAACUGGCGACAUCCGGGAAGUCGGGGGAACGAUCAUGGACCUGCGUGUACCGCAAUUUCUGGACAAGUGCAUCGAGAAGGUUCCCCCGGGGGAAGGGUACGACCACAACUUCUGCGUGACGUCCAAUUGGCACGGAAGAAGCGGGUACGUCGCUCAGGCGGUCCAUCCGAGAAGCGGUCGCUUUUUGGAGGUCUACUCGAAUCAACCCGGCGUCCAGUUUUACACAGGCGGUCGUUUACCAUGUGCUGAGAUAUCGCCGGUGUGUAACGCCACGAUCGAAGCGGGCACACGAUAAUUUACUUCAGAGGUAAUUUUGUCAUAGACUAAUAAUGAUGCCGAUGACACACAGCCUGACGUGGAUAAGCCGGAUGACAAAGAGGGAGAAGGGGACGAGGGAGAAGCGCUGAUA